AUGAAACAACCAUAUAAUCCAAUUUUAUGGAAUUUGUAUGCGACAUGUACGUAUUUACGAUAUUAUAAACCCGUACUCGAUGUUCAAGACAGAAAAAUAAAUGAUUAUGUUAAAGUUAAAGAGUUCUGGUUAAAAGGCGGUUUUGAGACCGUACGCAAUUUCAUCGCUGUAGACGAUGAAAUGGAUGCGUGUGAAACGGUGGAAAGCGACAACCCCGGCACACCCAACGUUACGCGAUCAAAAUAUCCACGUAUGGCGGUCGUCGGUGUCGAUAGUGAAGCGGGGAAACAAUUCUAUAGCAUACCGGUGGAAUGGAUACCACGACUGGCGGUUCGUGAGGAUGGUAUGUUUGUGUUAAAAUCGUUCGAGUUUUGCUGUCGUGAAAUUCUGGUACGUUCAACGACACAGCUGGUACGUUGUCAGUCCCUAACAGUAGCCGAUAAAUAUCAUGUAGAUAAACAUUAUUUUCAUGUGGGUUGCGGUGAAUGUGGUGAAGAGAAUUCUCAAAUUGAAGUAUUUGCUGCCACACACUUGUAUGUGGGGUUAAAAAGUAUUAUGCGACAUUUUGACACUGGACUAUAUGUGAACAUGUCGGAAAUGCUGAUGGCUCUUGAAUGUAAUGAGGAAAAAUUAACAUUUUAUCAUAAAGAAGUAUGUUAUGAAGAAUCGUGUAUAAUUGUCACAUAUACCCCUGUAUUUAAAAAGGGUACGUAUAUUCGUAAAUAUCUUGCACAUAUUGUAGUAUGUAAAAAGUGUGUCCGAUAUCUUGAAGAUUUUUUAACCUUGUUAGAUCAGAGUGUGGAAAAUCAUCCCUUUGCCACAUAUGACGACGUGGAUUGCGAUGGGUAUAACCAUCUGGCCUUACCUGUUCUGAAAUAUAUAUUAGAUGCUGAUUUUGAUAGUUUAGCGUCGAAAGCAUAUUAUGGGGUUAUAGAUGGACAGCAUUUAGAAGGGCCUUGUAGCUAUGUGGAUUUGUUUAUGAAUACGUAUGUUGAAAAACAUGUUUGA